AUGUCACCGCUGACGAUCCUUGUCGCUUCAUACACCGACUCGAUCUACACGUUGUCCUUUGACCCAGCACCAUCAACGGGGUCUCCGACACUUAAUCUUCUGGCUCAAACAAUCGUCGGGCACCAUCCGUCAUGGAUUGCAUCCCACCCGUCUAACAAAUCUAUCAUAUAUGCAGGGGUCGAACAGGCAGAUGGAGAGAUCGCCGUGAUCAAGUAUGGCAAGGGUGGAACCGUCGAGGAAGGAGAAGUGGUGGCCAGGGCCAGCAGUGGUGGUGCAGACCCUUGCACCCUUCUUGUCACAGAAGACGAGCUUAUCAUUGGAAAUUACUCCUCGGGCACAAUCGCGACCCUUCCAAUAUCAACAUCUGCCCCUUACAUACUCUCAUCAAACCCAUGGACACUUUCGAUGCCCUUUGAGCAUGAAGGUCCCAACAAAUUUCGUCAAUUAUCGUCCCACCCUCAUCAAACCAUCUUCAAUCCACUGAACAAAACGGAGAAAGAGCUCUUGGUCCCGGAUUUAGGUGCAGAUAAGGUCUGGAGACUUACCAAACAAAGCGACGGCAAGUGGUCCAUUUGCGGUCACAUUGAAUUUGAAGCAGGCGGUGGCCCACGACACGUCGUCGCUCAAGGAAAUACCAUUUACACGCUACUGGAGCUCACCUUAAAGCUUGCUGUACACACUUUCCCUCCGCUUCCGGCGCCCCCUACUCCUUUUACAUCUCUGUUCACGCUUUCUGCGCUAUCAAUCCCGGAUACCAUGACAGCAGCGGAAAUCUUGCUACCUGAACCCAACGCAUCCUUCCCUGAAACGUUCAUAUACACGUCAAACAGAAACGACCCUCAUCCAGAGGGUGACACUAUUGCAAUAUUCUCUCUCGCCGCCGGAGAGGGUCAGCCAGAGCUUGUGAACGAAGUGCGUACGGGGCUGAUCCAUGCCCGGGGAAUGGUGUUUGGCGGUGACGAAGAUAAGUAUCUGGUUGUGGGUGGUGCAGAAGGUGGUGGAGUGAAGGUAUUUGAGAGGGUCGAUGGCGGCAAGGGACUCAAAGAGAUCGCGAAGCUCGAUGAAGGCGUUGUAGGACGUCCCACCGGUUUCUUGUGGUACUGA